AUGACAUCUACAAAGCCUGGAGAAUGGGUCAUGCAGGCUCUACUUCGUCAGUUAACCAACUUAGCCCAAUUGAAGAUUGAGAAAGCACUUGGAGAUGGUCAAGAAACAAAUCUCGUGAAAAGUAUGAAACUGAAUGAAGAUGCAGCCUAUGAACAUCUCAUAAGUGCUUUUGGUGUUGCCGCUGAAUUCGCUCUUCCUUCAAUUUUGUCAACACUUUCACUAUGGUAUAGAUCUCAGCACUCAUCUGGGAAAUAUUAUCAAUUCCACCAGUUUCAGUCUUUAAGUUCAGCCAAUGAGUACAUUGGAAACGCCACUUCAAUGGCAGUCCAACGUCCUUUAGCUAACGAUAGUAAUCAUGUUGUCGAAAGCCAACAAGUUUCAUAUCUUGCUGCCAAUAAAUCGGAAAAGACUAUCAAGUGUGCCUCAGAAUCAUGUUCGCUGUCAAAAUCUCAUAAUUUACAUUUACCAGAGUUAUCUGUUCUAUUUGAACGACGUGAUCUUGCCAUUGAUAUUAUAUUCUGUCAUGUCAUGCUUGCAGUUUUAAAGCAAUUGCCUUUUCAUCCAGGCCAUAAUGAUGUCAUUGAAUCAAUCUUAGAGCAAUGUUUCGGAAGAUUCAACUAUAGAGAGGAUUUGCAGCCGAAAAACAGUGAAAAUAUAAAUCUCGUCGCUGAUCUAUACGCAGAAAUUGUCGGACUGUUAUUCCAGUCAAGAUUCGCUCUGGUACGCCACAAAUUUAUGAGUUGUCUGAAUGAUCUGCGAUCUAAAGAAAACAGUCAAAAUAAUAGAGCUAGUAUUGUAUCUCUUAUAAUGGGGAUGAAGUUUUUCCGGGUUAAAAUGCAUCCAAUCGAAGAUUUUGUGAAAUGUUUCACAUUCUUACAAGAAUUAGGUCAAUACUAUCUGGAAGUGAAAGAAAUUGAAAUCAAGCAUGUACUCUCUGAUUUGUUUGUUGAAAUUUUAUUGCCAGUAGCUGCUGUUGCACGUCAAGAAGUUAACAUUCCAGCAUUAAAAACAUUUGUAGAAAAUUUAUAUCCAACAAGUUUGGAAUUGGCUAGUAAAAAGAAACAUAUCCCAGCCUUAUUCCCGUUAGUGACUUGCUUGCUGUGUGUUGGUACUAAAUCAUUUUUCUUGAAUAAUUGGACCAAUUUCUUGUCUAUCUGCUUAAGUCAUCUUAAAAAUCGGACUUCUAAAGUAGCUUUGGUCAGUUUACAAUCAUUAUCCUGCAUACUUUGGGUCUACAUUGUACGUAUCAAAGGUGAAAAACAUACAGAAACUCAAACAAAAUUACACACAAUUAUCAAUAGUUUAUUUCCAAAAAAUCAGAAAAUUAUUCUACCAAAAGAUGCACCAAUCAAUAUAUUUGUUCGUAUUAUUCAAUUUAUUGCUCAUGAAAAGCUUGAGUUUGCCAUGAAAGAAGUUAUCAUUGAGCGGUUAGGGGUGAAUGGCUUACAGAAAACUUUGGUGAUGCCAGAGCGAAUAAAUGUAGGGAUAUGUGCAUUCCUGCUGAUUGCCCAUGGCCUUCAACAGAAGGAGGGGGAACCGCCUAUGCCUCAACAAUGCAUUGGUGCUGGCGGGGUUGGUGGUGGUUUUAGGCAAGCUGUUAUUAAACGCUCUUUUCAUGGUACCAAUUUGAAUGAAGCAUUGGGUUCCUUAUUAGGAAUACAAAGUUAUUUAGUACCUGUUCGAAGAGCAUUUGAACAUAUUUUACGUCAGCUGGAUACUCAAGUUUGUCGUACAAUGAUGUUGCCAAAACAAGAAGUUACUCAAAAAGAAUUUGACGAGUUAAUGACGGCAGACCGUAAGCCUAAACUGGAUUUAUUAAAGACUUGUGUUGCCUGUAUUCCUCGUCUGCUUCCUAUUGAUAUGACUAAACAAGAGAUUCUAGAAAUACUAGCUAAAGUUUGUCUGCAUGUUGACGAAGACGUACGAAAAAUGGCACAGCAAGCAAUGGCCAACUUGAUAGUUGAACUACCAGCUUAUCGGGUUAAGACAAUACAAGUUUUUAUACAAUUUAUUCAGAAAAAUGUAGCUGACACAUCACCUCAUCAACUAGAUAGCUGUCUGAAGACUUUAUUUCAUCUACUAAACAAUUGGAAGUUAGCUUUGCAAAAGGAUGGAGCCGUAACACCUAAUAUGGCUGAAAAAUCAGCUUUAUAUGAAGCUGAAGGAUUUGCUUUGGUUAUGUUGUGCAGUUGUCGUUUAAUUACUAGACGAUUAUCUGUUCAUAUUCUCAGGAAAUGUCGAGCUUUAUCAAAUUUAAUCCAAUCCGCUACUUAUGAUCAAACGUUAAAAAAUCCAAAUGAUUCACGGGAAUUGUGUUGUAUAGAUAUUUUAGACCGUUCAGUGCCAAUUAUUUUGAAAUAUCUUUUGCCUAUAUUACCUUUAAGCGAAAGAUCCGCUUUGUCUUCAGUGUCUAACAUGGAUUUUUCUGUCUUCACGGAGCGCUCUCAUCCUGUUUGGUUUAGUGGUACUACACUGCCUGUGUAUUCACCAGUGGUUUUACCAGCUAAUUAUUUGAAUAACACUCAAUACUCUGGUUUAAUGUCUAACAAUGACGUGCAACAAAGUGAAGAAGUUCGAUUUAAUGGCUUAUCAAGUCUUCACGAUCUUAACAAAUUAAACAAUCCUAAUAAUAAUAACAACAACAAUUGUAAUACUAGUAAUAGUCCAACUGUAGGGAAUCCAGCGACCGGUAACACAAAUGAGAAAUCUAAAUCCAAUGAAUCUGUUAUACAGGAAUCAUUUACAAAAAUCGGAUGUCGAAUUUGUCCCAAUCUUCAUCUACCUCAUUUAUUAACCGGAUUAACUGAAGUAAGACCGCAAGUUUCUGAACUAUUCAUACCUUCGAAAUCUUUUGAUUUUCGUAAUAUACAACCUUCUAAGUCGUAUUUAUCUACAACACCUGUUCUUCGAAGAGCAUCUCAGUACAAUCAACAAAUUCAGCAUACUCAACAAGCUUACAUUAUGCAGCCUGCACAAGAACGUGUAGCUGUCACAGAUGUAUGGGCUACUUGUCUUUCUAUUGUAUUCAACUCAUCUAAUCUGCCCACAAGUUGUCCCAUGGCCGUCAAAUCUGCUUGGUCAAUAUUAUUUCAGCGAAUAAGUACUAUUUUUCCUUUAAUUGACCCAAGCGCACAAAUGGCUGAAAAUCGAGCAUCCUCGUUACUUCGAACUGGAAGUAAAAAACCUGCGAAUGAACGUGAACAGUUCAUUCCUCUUUGGCAUAAUUAUGUCGUUGUUGGAUGUUGUAUAGCUCCGAGCUCUACUGGUUUACGGAUUUCAAAAUCUCCAGAUACGCGCUAUCAGCCUGGGUUUCAUUUACAAAAGCAUUCACUUGACUUUUCAACAAAAGGGGAUUCUAAUGAUUGUGACAAUAAUCGAUCUCCUACUCAAUCAGACGAAGUGGUAAAUCAAACAAUUGAUUUGAAUGCUAACUCAUCGUCUAAUCGUUCAACUGUAUCUAAUUCUCCAUGCACUAAUUGGUCUAAUUCGCCAGAUUUAAAGUAUUCAACAUCAUUUGGAAAAGUGAACGCUAGAGAUUUGGUCAAGUUGUUAGUACCUUUGCUUAGAUGUGAACAACCGGAAAUAAGAGAUUCAGCUAUUGGUGGUCUUGGUCGGAUAAAUCCGGCUGCUUUCAGAGAUGUCCUUGAAGACUUGCAACCGUUGCUAAAAGAAUCUUUCGAUCGAAAACAAGAGAAUUUACGCCGUCGACGUCGACGUGAUGGUUUACGAUCUGCUUUAGUUAAAACUCUUUCUCUUAUGGCACAGACUGGUGUAUUUGCAUAUCCCGAAUCAAAUAUAGUCACACCUCAAGGGUCUUUAAUUUGUCAACUUCUUGAUUACAUGGAUGGAAUGAGAGGUUAUUUAGAAUCAGUUUCAGACCAGUUAUUAAGUCCAAUCAAUUAUACGCAUCAAUCAUCUGCAUCGUUAAAUCUCUUAGUUUCUGUACCAUCUGGUUCUACUUCUCAACAAGUUACUGCAGUUGGGAGUACUUCAAGCAAUCAUCAAGUUGGUGGAUCUAUUAACACUAAUUCUGUAAUUGCUUCUUUAUCUACUCCUACAACUACUGGACCUUCAUUAACUAGUUAUUCAUCGGAAUUUUAUCUAUUGGGUGAAAUUCGCUUGCAUUUUUGUAUUUUUAUUAAAGAGCUAAUUCGACGUUUACCAAAACAGAAUCGUACAACUUUAUUGCCUCCAACGCUAAGGCAUCAAUUAUUCAUUUUGUUGUCUCAUUGGAGUGCUCAUUUUGAUCAUAUCAUGGGAACGUACUUAGGGUCUGAAGGCCCAGUGCUUACUGAAUCUUAUUCUUUUGAUUCGAAUGAGAGUAUGGUCGGACAAUCGUCUAGUCUAAAUGGGAUAGUUGGUUUUUCUCCAUCAAAUGAAAUGCCUCACGGGAUUAUCGGGAUUCACCAUCAGUUAUCUAAUGAUAAUUUCCUACAACCUCUCAAUAGCCUGGGUGUUAACAGUGCUCCAUCUUCUGGUUCUGUAGAAUGUAAUGCUAAUAUGAGUGUUUCAUCAACCCAAACUACCCAGAGUCCUACAAUUCAACAGAAAACAUGUGAAAGCGAACAAAUUGAUAUGAGUGAAUCUGUGGAAUAUUGUUUAUGGAUUGAUUUAAUUUGGUUAUCAAAUCAAGCUAUGGCAGCUUUGGUAUGUUGUGGGCCAAUAUUUGACCGUUCUGCCUUGCUACCGCAAGACAGUGGAAAAUUAAACCAGAUAAUCCUAGGUGUGGGUUCGGACGCAUCAUCUGUUUCUGGUCCAGAACGUUUGAAUAGUGGUUCAGCUUCGAAUGUUCGCACUCCUAGUUCUGGAUAUGUGCUUCGUUGGAUCUCUGGACUUCUCGUUGCACGUGAUACUGCUCUCAGUUCAAGUCCGUGGCUGUGGUUUUGUCCCAUUACAGGACGCGGUCUUUUGCAUAGUACUUUAACUCCUGGAGGCGCAUCAUUGUGUGGCAAUAGUCAUACACGUUCUCGCAUAAUAGCAGCUGGUGGUGGUCGUCGAUUAGAUUCUCUCCUUCGACAACUAGGUGAAGAAACUUUAGUCCUUAUGUUAGAUUUCAAUUCUGACAAUACCGGUCUGUUCAACUGGGUAAUUGAUCAGUGUUAUACUUCAUCAAAUAUAUCAUUGUCCACAGCAUGUUUUGAAUGCAUUUGCCUCAUAAUGAGUAAUAUGCCGAAUUUCGCUUGUGAUUUUAUUGCUAUGAUCACUUUGUGCUUCGUUUUUAUUGAUCAUCCUUCAAGAUUUCUAUCUGACAGAGCUUUCUAUUUACUGCGAAUUCUUUACCAGCGUUUUAUCAUAGAACCUGGCGAAAUUUUAUUUAAACAAGCACAUCCAACGGAAAUUGAUAAAUCAUUUGUUCUCAACGAAGCAACUAAUUCUCAAUCAUCCCCAACUGUGUGCGUACCAGAGGAUUGUGACUGUUCUCAGUUGUAUAAAUACCUGCAAAUAAAUAAACUAUUUUAUAAUUCUUUUUACCGUUGGUCUCCUUGUGAAGUUGUAAGACAGUUUUCCGCCCAACAUCCUGUAUUUACGAUCACUAUUUUUUCGGAGAUUUCUAAACGUCUUGAAAACGCUAGAGAGGGUUUACGCAUCCCAUUAUUACGUCUACUUUCAAUUUGGCUUGUCAAUGUGGAACUUGUAGAUCUUUUGGAAUGUGAUUUAUUCGAUACGACAAAUCGUAAUAUGGAUAAAGAUGAUGAUGAUUUUUCCGAUAUAGAUAAGGAUAAUUAUGUCUGUCGGUCAAAUAACUAUGAAAAAUCUAGCAAUUUGCCUGAGCCUUUUGGAAUUCCUACAUUUAAAGUUUAUAAUACCACCAGUUUAGUUGAGACAUCAGAGCAGCAGCAACGAAAAGAUUGUCCUGAACAUCGUACUCGUCCAUCAAAACGAUACAAACGUUCAAAAAGCCUAUUAAAUUCGGAAUUACUUUGUGAUCAUGAGGAUUCUGACGCUGAUUCAGAUAAUAUUAUUGAUGAUCGAAAUUUCAAAUCACUAACACUGUUGAGAAUGCGUGCACGUCAAACUAUGCUAGCUGAACAUGCGGACAUUUGUAGUCCUCGAGCAUGCCAUUUUCAUAAUCAUUUCAAGAAGAAUGGAUGCAAGUAUAACGAUAAUAAUAAUAAUAAUAAUAAUAAUAAUAAUAAUAAUAAUAGUGAUAUACAUUGGUCAACUGUACCUCCUACUCUUCGUUCUAGAGGAUGGGGAUCGAAAAAAGCCACCGAAUUCGUGCUUACAAAUCUUUUCUACUUAUCCUUAAGGCUUGCUGAUUGUCCAACUUCAUCCGAGGUACUAAAACAACUUUGGUUGACGUUAAUUCGCUACCGAUCAACGAAUUUACGUGUGAUUCUUCGAUAUCUUAUUAUUAUUACUUCUAUUGCACCUGGCACUCUGUUAGUACAUGUUAAACGUCUCCUUACGUAUCUGGCUUCUGAGCAAGCUGAGCGUGUCAUAGGAGAACUAAUGGUCGAAAUGCAGACUAUUGAUGGUAUUGGUCUAGUUGUUGAACCCAUAUCUAGUUUGCCAUUCUUUCGAGCUAGUACUUCUACUCAACAUCAACAUCAUCGUCGAUCUAUUGAAAAGUUAAAAUCUCACAAAUAUCAGUCAUGCGUUCCAAAUGACUCAUCAUCGAAGACUGCGAGCAAUUCUAGUCAGAGAGUUAAUGAUCGUUUACUAGUUAACCAAGAAGGAAUCGGACAACCAGAUGAUGAAUUAGUUGCACUUGGUUUAGAUAGUAAACCUUGUUCUAACACAACGGUGCAAGUACGAACGUUACAUAGUGCUAUUGGAGGAAGUUAUGACUAUCGCAAUAUCGAUUUUAAUUUGAAUGUGAAGUCUCCUUUAAAUACAACAGUACGUCCAAAAUCAGCUACAUGUCAACCAUCUACUGUCACUAUAUCUAGUAAUAGACCAAAUCAACAAACUACCUUAAAUGAAAGUAGAAUACAGUUUACAACAAUAUCAUCCACUUCAAAAGAUAAUAACAACAGUCACAGCUCUUCUGAAUCACCACAAUUAGAGAAAUCCUGUGAAUCAGCAGCAGCUUUAUCUAACUACCAGCUAGUUGAAGGAAGUGAUGGAGAGCCAGAAAUAGAUCUUGAUUCAUUUGAAGGUUUCACUAAGUGUGGAUCAAAUUUGGAUGAUAAAUAUGCUACUCUGCGCGCUAAAGAUAUUGCAAAUUUACUAACACUACCUAACCCAAAAGACUUCCAAUCAAGUGACUCUGAUUCUAAUUGUGAUAUACCAAAUCUAUAUAGGCGCGGCACAACAUUUCCCAUUAUUUCUGACGCCUACGAACAAUCUGUUUUUUCAUCUGUACUAUCUAAUCCACUGAAUGAAACCAACUGUAUAUCAACCACUGGCAGAAUUUCAAGACAGCCGAAAUAUUUCAGAGAAUACAAAGAAAAACGAUCUAGAUGGUCUAACAAUUCGAAAGUUGAUGCUGUUGGAUCAUUGAGAUUAGACCCUUUUCACCAUUCAGCUUCAUUGCCACCCAGUCUUGCUGCCCUCCCUCCACUACCUUUACCACUUCCUGCCAGCAUUUCUUCCAUUGUAAGUCUUUCUUCAAGAGGAUCUACAGGAUCUAACACAUGUAUAUUGUCGAUAUCUCCUGUCACCGUUGAUAGAAAAAGCACUACCAGUUCUGAUAAAUUGGAUCUUAAGCCUUGUGUACGAAGAAGUUCGAACGUGGAAGUAAGUCAUUCAAGCAACAGAUCAUACCUUGACUACAACUGUAAACCACUCCCUAUGCCUGCAAAUGGAGGCUAUCACGCCCCUCUUGGUUUAUGGUUGUCUGAACCUUUGGUAAUUGGUGGGUCAGUUGUUUUCAGUGGUAGUUGGCCUCCUGCAGGACCUAGAGCACCUUUAGUUCUAAUACUGGCCGGCGGUUUAACUCAGUCAAGAGAUAUUCAUGUAGAUUGGAGUGAACAUCUACCUUUAAUGCUUCUUGGUGUAUUUCUUGGUAUUGACCACUGUCGUGCACUUGUACAAGAAGAAUCUAAACAUUUGCUAGUAUCUUUGUUAGAUCAAGUGUGUCCAUACCAUGAUAUUCUCCGCUUGUUACGACUUGAAUUAGAAGCCAAUCUUCAUCGUCUUGCUUAUCCCUCUGGUUUUCCUGGUCCUCGUGUUCAAGACUAUCGUUUAACGUUAGACGGUGGGCCAUAUCGUGAAAAGUUCAGCAUCGUUAUUAAUCCUUUCGAUUCUAUUGAAAGGGAUCAGUUGUUUCCUUCACUCGUUUCUUGUACAACUACUAAGCAUGAUGGAAAUAGUAACUUCAAAAAUAGGUCGCCAGCUGAAGGUGAAGAUACUCUACAAACAACAUCAUCUGAUCUAAUACCACUGAAAGAUAUUAAUGUUACGACUAUCUCAGCUGCCAGUCCAUCUUCGCCUAGCAUUAGUCCACCGAUGGUUGAGAAUUUUCAAACCCAUCCAACUCUGUUGACCAACCAAGGUCGAUUGAGUGGUUCAAUGUUUAGUCUUACUAGUACUGCGACUUUAAUUCCACGUCAUCAUGAAAGUAAUCUCUUUGAAUCACACGGUUGCAAUGACUCAUCAAUACCUAAACGCAAUUCAGUUUGUUAUAACCUAACUUCAAAUAAUUCAGAGAAGGAAGUUUUACGUAAUAAAACACUUACAAGUUCUGUUAGACCUUCAUCUGUUUAUUCUAAACCACGGUCUUCAAAAACUGUGGCUUCGAACUGUGUCCCAUUCAAUAACCAUUGUGCAUUAAAAAUUGAGAAAAAUAAGAGAAUUAAAAAAUCUGAUCUUAAACUAUUAGAAGAAGUUGUUCAACAACUGAAAGCUUUACUUUUGAAUAGUUCUGGACAAGCUAUAUGGACGUGGGAAGAUUUUAACAUACAACACAAUUCUUUUAGUACCACAUUUCAGUAUUCUUAUCAAAAUGAAUCUCAUCAGAUUAUUAGCAACGAGAAAGUAGAAAAUAAAGAGUCAGUUAUAAAAUCAAUGACUAAUGUUAACUCUUUGGAACAACUUGUUAAACUUGUUGCUCGUAUACUAGCCUUAUCUGAAGCUGGUUCUGAACAAGCUGAAAAGUGUUUGCAGUGCUUACAUGGUCCACCACAUAAUCAUAAUAGCCAGAGUUUAACUUUUGCAGAUGAUGAUUACAAAGAUGCGAUUAUUGAUCAUUCAAAUUAUUGUAUGGUUGCACGUUUAUCUCGAAUUGCUUUGAAUACUGGUUUAUCGUGUCCUAGUCGACAUCUUGCUAGUCGUUCUUUACAAAUUCACCGUGCUCUUGGUGGUCAUUUAGACAAGAAAUCUUUUUCACAAUUGUUAGCUAGAUUAGGUGAAACAGUAUCUGAUGGGAGUGAAGAAAUACAGGGUUAUGUCGCUGAACUUUUCCUCACACAAGAAGCAGCUAUUCAUCAUUUGAAAUCAAAAAGUGAUAGUUUACUGGAAUCUACGUCUUAUUUCACCUUUGAACCUACCUCUCCAUCAUCCAGUUCACUUAAUGGGAGUGGACGUAAAUCAGUGCAAAAUAUAGUUUCAAUAUCAGAUCGCCGUCAUUUUCAUCGUCAUUCAAAAUCUUCAUCCGUAAUUGGAAAUCGGUCAUGUCAUUUAAGUUCUGUUAUGCCUAUCAAUGAUUGUGAUUUAUCUAAAUUAACUCAGUCAACCUCUACAAAUUUGGAAUAUACAUCAUCAACCUUAUCGUUUCCUUCUGAUUCUAAUCACUUAACAAAAAUAUCUAGUACUUCAAAUACAUCUACACCUAAGCCAAAUAAUAACAACACUAAUAAUGUAUGCCUGUUACCCCCAGAAGAACGUGCUGACCUAAUUAUUGGGAUCUUUUGGACCGGCGUUUUACUCCUGGAAUCAGAUUUUGAACAUGAAUAUUUGGUUGGUCUAAAACUUUUAAAUUUAGUUAUUCCGAGUGUUUGCACAUCAAAUUUAAGCCAACCAUCUGACUGUUCAAAAAUAAAUUUGAGUGAUAGGGCGCAAAAGAUGCUUAACCAAUUACAAUGGAAUCCAUGUUUUCCUGGAAUACUUAGUUUGGUGAUUAAAGGUUGUUCUUCACCAAAUCUUGUGGAUCAGUCUUGUCGAUUACUCGUAUUAUUAAUCCCGUUUCUCACUCAUCCUCUGGUAGUACCAACUGGACGUAUGGGGUUAUCUAUUCAAUUAUCAUUUCCUAUUGUUCUGCUUACUCUUAUGCCUAUGUUAAUAACCGCUUGGGAUGAAGAUCCAUCUACAUCAGUUCCUAUAAACCCAUGUGAUACUAAUGCCGAACAACUUAGUUUCUUACAGGGUGGUUUUCUAGGUCGAGGUAUAUGUGGAUCGUUAAAUGUUAUUCCUCGAGCACUUGGUUCAUGGACGUCGUGUUUUUGUACUCCAUACACGUCAUAUACGAAUCCAAACAUAGCAUCUAACUCGAAACUAAGGACAGACAGUGUCGGGAUUUUUGCUAAUUGUCCAUCAAACAGCCUUGGCACUUUCAGUGCUCAUGAAUCAACGUCGAACUUAAACUCCAUAGCUACAGGAAGCACCAGUCGUGACACACAAUUGAAUUCGAAGUCACCAAUUUUACGACCAAAGAACCCCAUUUGUAUUCAGGCCGCCGAAUCACUUGCUCAGGCUGCAUUAAAAACUGAUCCAAUCCAAUUUACUAAUCUAGCACUGAUUCUCCGUCUUUAUGCUUCUGGUAGUUUUUCCAAGGACGUUGAUCAAUGGAGUCGAUGUGUUAUAUGUUAUUUAUUAGAAGGUUGUAGUUCAAAUAUAUCACGUUUGCUGAAACAUAUCAACAUGCUCUUAACUUCUGGACCACCUUGUCUCCAAUUACCUUUGCUUAAAGUGGCUCACUUGUUCUUACAACAAGUUGAUAUCAAUCAAAGAGAUAUGGAAUACUCAUUACAAAAUUUUAUUACGUCGAUUGUUAACCAGUUUAUUGGAACAUGUUUAUGGACCCAUGUUAUUCCAAUUUUACAAGUUACCGUUUCACGUUCAGCUGUAUUAAACUCUGUUCCAGAAACACCUGCGUACACUUUACCUGGUUUAGAUCCUUCAGGUAGUGGUCGUGUUUUAGAUUAUGCAAUUGCUUCGGCGGCAGUAGCUGUUCCACUACCAGAUAGUGAACCUCCUAGAUUAGAACUUGGUGGUCCUGUGUUAGAUUUCACUUUUAAUGUUCUUCAAGAAGCCCCAUUAUUAGCUCCUCAGUAUGCCCCAAUCUCUUCAUCGCAUUCGACUUCUGAAAAUAUAUCCAAAGUGGAUAUUCCAACAUUUGAUCAUACUUCAUCAUCAAAGGGCACUAAAAAAGAUUUUAUUGACGUUAGUGAUAUUGGCCUAACUGAAAUAUUCGUAUCAGCAUCUAAUGGGUGGAAUAAGCCAGGAAACUCUCAGAUACGUUUGCGUGAAAAGCUCUAUUGUUUAGUCAGUUGUUAUGGACUUCCUCCUCAACAGUGUAUCAGUGCUCCAAGAAGUCCUUCGGUUAUAUUCAGUCAAUCUACUGAAACUUUAGAUCCUCAAUUAAGUAUCCAUUCCAGCAGUGAAACAACAUCUGUAGUCGAUAUUAGUAAUUCAGAUGAUAUUCAUUUAGAUGAUACAAGCAGUGGUGAACAGACUGCUGUGUUUCGUGAUUUGGAUACUUAUUUAGAUGCUCAGUUAAUGAAUAUAAACUUUUUGGGUGUACCAGAUUGUAGAUUAGCGUCAGCAAAUGCUUCCAUGAGUGAGGAAGAACCUAGACGUCCUUGGGGUGUACGAGGCCAAGCAAUUACAUGUCAUUUCGAUUUUAAUGGAGAUGGGAAUGAAUCAGUUAAUAAUGAGUCUGUUGGUGGCUUAUCUCGAACAGUACAACCGUUGGAGAAAACAACUUGUAGUUUGGCACAUAGUAUCACAGAAUCGGAUUAUUUUACAUCUGCUUAUCAACAUCAUCACCACUCAGAAAAGCAGCAUCAAAAUCGAACACAUUCAUUGCCACACUUAACAUGUGUUAUUAAUAAUCUAAGUGAUAUGAAAGAUACAGAAUCUAAUAGUUCGAGUACAAAUCGAUAUUCAACGAUAACAAUUAGUAAUAAUUAUACAGAUGAUAAUAUAGAUAGUAAAUAUUCAGCAGCAUCAUACAGUGAACAACAACAACCACUACUACCACAGUUGGAAUACAAAAAACCAUCAACUUCACUUGCCUGGCGAUCAUUCUCUGAAGAACAGUCAAAUUUCAGAGGUAAUGAUUUGAUAAAUGAUGAUCUUACUGGAAAAGAAAAGUUGAAUAAGGGUAUACAAGUAGUGAAAUAUCCACUUGUUACUGUACGCAAUCCACGCAGUGAACGUGUAACAUUUAAUCUUGAUGGUGAUAAAAACCAAGAUGAUAAUGAUGAGGUCGGCAGGCAGGAUGAUGUUCAUCAAAAAAAUAAGCUAUCUAUGGACGAUGGUAUGGAGAAAAUAAAUGUUCGAUGCAUGUCGAAAACAUGUAAGGGAAUCCUAAUCAAUCGCUCAAACCAUGAUUAUAUUAAGGGACUAUAUAAUGGAUUGUUACUGUCCGAUACUGUGCUUGCUAAUAAUUCUCGAGUACGAUCCGCAUCAGCACAAUCACUCAAUAAUGAUGGGAAUUACAAUGAAACUAAUAAUUCAAAUCAAAAUUUACGAUCACGUAUAUAUUUUCCUCGAUGUCUGUCGUCUAAUCGUAAUGAAGUACGUACAAAAUAUAUAAAUCAUGAUCAAUCAACAAAUGAACCUGGAGAAACAGUUGAUAAUCACCAUUAUCAUGAUCAUUUUUCUGUGAAUACUCCACAAAAACCUUUGGUUGGACAAAUCAAACGUAGUGUAUCAACAUCUGAAUUAUUAUUGACUAGACAACAUUUUACACUAAAUCAUAAAUCAAACGAUUACAAAUCUUUAAUUAAUUCUGCAGUGUUGUCACCGUUAACAUAUCAAAAUAAAGUCAGUUAUCAUGUAAAUGACAAAUAUUUUACUAGCUUCUCUUCAUCUUUAUCAUCGACAAGGUCACUGUCUCCAGUGAAUCAUCACAGCCAAUUCGAACAAACGGCGUUUAAUUUAAUAAGUACAAAUGAUAAAGAUAAUUUGAACAUUAACGAUAAUAAUACUAAUUUAUCAAAAACCAUUUCAAAUCGACCAAAUUCACUUUGUUCUUCUUCUUUAUUGCCUCAAUCGAUUCCACUUUCAUUAUCACCAACAUUAACAGCACCAUCUGUACAUAGUUCUCAUUUAUCACUUAAUUGUAUUGAAAUUAUUCGAAAAUCCAAUGAUCUUCCUGUUAUCCAUAGAAAGCAUAUAGCAACAAGUGAUUCACAUUUGAAUUGCUUUAAUAAACAGAUAUUAUGCAAUCAUCAGAAACUACAUCAAUCAAAUAGUCAUCAUCGGUGUUAUCAUUUUUCAUGUGUUAAUGAAAGCACUGAUAAUGUUGAUUCAUCUGAAUGUACUUCUUUGAACAAAAUCGUAUCAGUUCAACCAAUACAAAGAUUAUGUUAUUGGAAGUAUCCACUAAUUACUGAACAAAAAUGGAUUACAUUAGAACCUUUAUCGAACUCAACCUGUUUACACUUCGAUGAACAACAAAAGUUAAUAUCGCUACUGAUGGGACUUCCACAAUUGUAUCAGGAGUUAAUUUCACGCUGUAUUAAUGCUGUUAACGAUACGAUCAAUUUGUCUGUUUGUUGUUGGACUGAAUCAAGCCGAUUGAAUCGUUUAGCGAAAUUAGUCGAAAAAAUCAAAACCUAUUUGAGACCACCUUGGUUUUUUUGUCGUUUAUGUCAGGAUGAUAUUACUGAGAUGGUUCAUUCUUAUUUAAUAAGUAACAUGAUUCAUUUAUUGGAAAAACACCAAGGAAUCCAAGAUCAAUUUGAAAAACUUUAUAAUCUGUUACAAUCUGAAAAUACCAGAGAUACAUUUAUCCAACUAUUCUAUAAUAUGUUCACUAACUUAAUAGAAUUUGUGAAAUAUUCAUAUGCUAGUGUUGAAAUCAUUUAUGCUAAUUUAUCCAAGUUGAAGAAAAAUGAAAUCCUAUUACCUGCAAUACUGGAUCGAUCUUGUCGUUUCCAAUAUUUACUAAAGUGUGUUCUAUUAGGUAUAGAUUUGACCAGUAAUAUCAAUAAUCAUGAUGAUAACAGCGAUGUACCUAUCAAACCAGCUAUUUGCAAUGAGCCCGCUGCUUUAAAAAAUCAACUGUGUGAAUUCUUAGCAAACAUGUUGACAAGUUUUCCAAAUGAUGAAUUAUUAACCGGGUCCAAUAAUUUUAAUCCGGAAAAUUGUAAACAAGUAAUUAGAUUAUAUAAACAAUUAUCACAUAAGUCUCCUGAUAAAUCAGAAGUACCUAUUGAUAUGGUGAUCAAUAUACUGAAUAUUUUUGCAAAUUAUGUCUGGGAAAGUGACUCCACUUCAUAUAUUGCAUACCUUCCGUUACCGGCACUUGACAAAGACAUAAACGACCAACUAGAUGCUACUAAUUACUGCGCUUAUUUAACUGGGAGCCUACACCACCUCGUAUUAAAUGAUAAUGGUAAAUUAUGUUGA